GGAAUACUUAUUCCGGCCAAUUCCUCUUCGGAGAGCUUCACGGGCACGGAGUUUUCCAUUAUGGAAAUGGGAGCAAAUAUGAAGGAGAAUUCUCUUACGGGGUACGAGAAGGCCAUGGGUCGCUCACGGAAAAGGAUGGAGAGACUUACCAAGGAAGCUUUCAUAACAACAAAAAACACGGAGGAGGAAAAAUGACAUUCCCAAAUGGAGAUAAAUUUGAGGGUGACUGGAUCCUGGAUCAAAGACAAGGCCAUGGAAUACUUCAAUGCCCUGAUGGAACCGUGUAUGAGGUAUGA